AAUUACAUAAAUUACGCCAAUAAUCUUAAUAUUUAAGGUAUCAAUCUCAAAACAUUGCCCCAAUCCUUCAGAGCAUUAAAAAAGAUACUAAAUCAAUUAAGUUUGGACAUAAACCAUUGCACUCUUAGUCGCACUUCCAACAUACAGAUGGCAUCAGCAUCGAGUAGCAGUGCCCGACACCUUUUUGGCGACAGCAAGAAACGGUUGUGUGAACGGGUUAGUAUUAAUGUGAACAACAUUGGAUCCGUGGCGCGUCAGGUGGUUAGAGGAUCCAAGUCAAAUGAGAUUUUAGCUCAUAGUGCAAAGAGUUUAGCUCAAUCAGAAUCUACUAUGGAUACGUGUGCACAGAAUUUACGCAAAAUGGAACUUAUUCGACAACAUGUUGGCUAUCAGUGUGACGCAAUUAAGGAUAGUGUCAAUCAAUUAGAUUAUUUGCAAGAACAAGUUAGUGCUAUGGAGAGAUAGUUUUGGCUUCUGCAUAAGUACAGCUAUUCACGAAAACCAAUAUAAUUUUACAAUUCAAAGAAGAAAAAAAUGGGAUUCAUUUUUGAUAUUUUUGUUUAAAUUACGUAUAGAUAUUGAUAUUUUAUUGUUUGUAUUAAACUUAAAUAUUUUAAAGUUUUAAUGGGAAAAUCAGUUUUUUUCACUUAGUUGAACGAUUUAUUUUAUAGAUUACUAAGCAACUUGUUUUUAUAAAAGAAAUGAACAGAUAAAUUAAAUCUAUUAAAAAUGUA